AUUAUAUAAUUAAAUUUUUCACUAAAGUAAAAUUUCUCAAAUUUAAGGGUCAACAAUCAAGCCUUUUAUAAAGAAAAUAAAGAAGAUUAGAUAAGAAUAGAAUUCUUUUCCUGAUCAAGAAUUUGAGAAAGUUCCAGUUCAAAAUAAACCAUCGAUUUGACCAUAAUUCAUCUGCAAUUACAUUAGAGCAAAGUCUCCCAACGAAAGUUCUUCUAAGAAGUACCUCAUAAGAAGCAUCAACUAACAAGAACAGUUUGUUGUUUACGAGACAUUUGAGAUAGAGAAGAAUUUCUAAGGAAUAUUUCGUUAUUGAAAAUGAGUUACAGUGAUGGCCCAGAUAGAGGUCAUGCUUGGGUCAUUGCAAUCGCUGCCGGUGUUAUUACCAUGAUCCUUUCCGGAAUUUCUAAGAUGGUCGGCAUACUCUAUGUAGCUGUUAUUGAUACGUAUGGUGUCACAAGAUUCGAAGCAACAUUACCAUUCACCUUCAGAAAAUCUCUUCGGUGUUUAGCAGGACCAGUUGUAGGAGUAAUUGGACAACGUUAUGGAAUCCGGACAGUUACUAUUGCGGGUGGAAUCGUGGCUGCCAUCGGAGCUGGUCUUUGCUUCGUAGCCCCCACCGUUACAUGGCUUGCAGUUUGCUGGGGUGGAAUUCAUG